UUCAAAACUCUCCAUUCAUCAACUAGCCAAUUCUGCUUCUUCUUCUUCUUCUUUUUGUUGUUUUUCCAUGGGAAAAUUUAUAAAUAUCCCAAAUUGGGCAAGGCUAUAUUAUUAUUUAGUUGUGGUUCUACAGCUAAUUGCAGCUCAAGUAGUGAUUGUUAAAGGAAUCGGAAAUGAUCAUAUUAAUAACACAAGUACCAGUAUCAGUACUGGUGGUGGCAGCAGCGAAUUCCAAAGCAGCCUCAACUACUACAUUUGGCCAAUGCCUAAAGACGCACUACUCAGCCAUGGCCAUAAUAAUAAUAAUAAUAAUAAUAAUGUUGUUGCUGUUGUGAUUGUAGCCAAGGAUUUCCAUCUCUCCACCAAAUACGGCGACGUUUCUGGCAUUCUCAGUGACGCUUUCUCCAGACUUGUCUCCCUCAUCCAACUGGAUCAUAUUGCCAAUCUCCCUACUUCUUCAUCAUCCCUUAUUCAUCUUCAGGGCUUAAACGUCGUCGUUUCCUCCAAAGAUGAAGAGUUGAGAUAUGGAAUAGACGAGUCGUACAACUUGUCAAUUCCUUCACCUCACCCGGGGAAGCCUCUCUAUGCAUAUCUUGAGGCGAAGACCGUUUAUGGCGCAUUACACGGAUUUCAGACAUUCAGCCAAUUGUGCCGUUUUAACUUCAAAACAAGGAUAGUUGAAGUUCAAAGGGUACCACGGACCAUUAUUGAUGAACCCAGAUUCUCUUAUAGAGGCCUUUUGAUUGAUACAUCUCGACACUAUCUGCCGCUGCCAGUGAUAAAGAAUGUAAUUGAAUCCAUGACCUACGCGAAGCUGAAUGUGUUGCACUGGCACAUCGUGGAUUCGCAGUCUUUUCCUUUGGAGAUACCUUCAUUUCCAAAACUCUGGAAUGGUGCUUACUCAGAUUCAGAAAGAUAUACCGUAGCAGACGCCAAAGAAAUUGUGAGCUAUGCUCAAAGACGAGGGAUUAACGUAUUGGCUGAAAUUGACGUCCCGGGACAUGCCCUUUCAUGGGGAAUUGGUUACCCUUCUCUAUGGCCUUCAAAGACGUGUCAAGAACCGCUUGAUGUUAGCAGUGAAUUCACCUUUAAAGUUAUCAGUGGAAUUCUUUCAGACUUUAGCAAGAUCUUCAAAUUUAAAUUCGUUCACUUGGGAGGUGAUGAAGUAAAUACCAGUUGUUGGACGACCACGCCUCGUAUUAGAAAAUGGCUAAGAAAGCAGGGAAUGAAUGGAUCUGAAGCUUACGAAUAUUUUGUCUUGCGAGCCCAAAAUAUAGCUUUAUCUUAUGGAUAUGACAUUGUUAACUGGGAAGAGACUUUCAACAACUUUGGCAAUAGAUUAAGCCGCAAGACCGUAGUGCACAACUGGCUUGGGGACGGCGUUGCUCAGAAAGCAGUGGCAGCCGGAUUAAGAUGCAUUGUGAGUAAUCAGGACAAGUGGUAUUUGGACCAUUUGGAUGCAGAAUGGCAAGGUUUCUAUUCAAAUGAACCACUUGCAAAUAUAACAAACCCAAAACAACAAAGAUUAGUUAUUGGUGGUGAGGUUUGCAUGUGGGGUGAACAUAUUGAUGCCUCUGAUAUUCAACAAACCAUUUGGCCCCGUGCUGCAGCAGCUGCAGAGCGGCUAUGGACACCUUAUGAUAAGCUGGCCAAGGAUCCGAGGGACGUGACCGGAAGGUUGGCUCAUUUCAGAUGUUUGUUGACUCAAAGAGGAAUUGCUGCUGCUCCAUUAGCCGGACCGGGAAGAGUUGCUCCUGAGGAGCCUGGCUCUUGCUAUAAGCAAUAGCAAUAGACAGUAGUAAUUAGUAGCAAGAUUAUUUAUUUAUGUAUUAAUUUUUAUGGACUCUUGGCUCUGGCUCUGGCUCUGGGUAAGGAAAGUACUUUGCUUUUCUCACCCCACGAG